AUGCCAAAUAUUCACAUAGAUCGUCAAAAGGAAGCAUCGAGGAGUAGUCAAGAGCACCUGGAAGUUUUAAUCACUCAUCGUGAGCCUCCGACAGCUGAACGAACUGGGCUGAAGAGAAUUAUUCCUUCAUUUUUAAUCAAAAAAAGCUAUUCACAAAAGCGAACAGAGAAAAUGGAAGCAAGACGUCUUCAAGAAACUGACAAAGAAAAGGCUGAAAAAAUUUUAGCCAAGCAACAGCGAAAAGAGAGAAAACGGAGACAAUUGGCGCUGUUGGCAGUGCUAAAAGAAAGGGCAGGAGAGGAGAGAAGGUAG